GCUGAGGGAGCGCGAGCGGGCGAGUCGAACUGAGGUAGCCCAGCGGGCGGGUGGGCAUCGCGCAGCGGUGGAGGCCCCGCGGGGCCCACGGCAGACUCUCUAAGGAUGAAUGGUUCCAAUGUGGCCAACACAACCCCCCCUGCGGCUCCCCCGGCGAAAUCCAAGGAGGACCAAGUCGUGAACGGCCACGAUGAGAAAGAGAGCAACCCCUUCGCAGAAUACAUGUGGAUGGAGAACGAGGAGGACUUCAACCGGCAGGUGGAGGAGGAGCUUCAGGAGCAGGAAUUCCUGGACCGUUGCUUCCAGGAGAUGCUGGACGAGGAAGACAAGGACUGGUUCAUUCCAUCCCGCGACCUGCCUCAAGGCAUCGGGCAGCUCCAGCAACAGCUGAACGGACUCUCGGUCAGCGAGAACAGCCACAGCCACAUCACGGAGGACAUUUUGAGCAAAAGCACCUUAAACCCGGAUGCCAAGGAGUUUGUUCCUGGAGUGAAGUACUGAGUCCUCCGCCCUGCCCCCCUUUCCUAAAGACACUUUUUUCUGCCCUGGGUGGGUGUGGGGAUGGUGUGGGGGGAGCGGGGCCCACCGGCACUGGUGGGAAAGAGACUCUUGGCCGGCGAUCCGGAGGCCCCUUAAAGCUACUUUCAUCCCUCUUGUCGUCUUGCUGCGC